UCCCUUCUUCCUUCUCGUUCAUCAUAAUCAUCUGAUUUUUCUCUUCGCUCUUCUCCUGCGAUUAUUUUCGAUUUUCAAUUCUCUUUCUCAAGAUGCAGAUCUUUGUGAAAACCCUAACCGGUAAGACUAUUACUCUCGAGGUCGAGAGUUCCGACACCAUCGACAACGUCAAGGCCAAGAUUCAAGAUAAGGAGGGCAUCCCGCCGGACCAGCAGAGGCUGAUCUUCGCCGGGAAGCAACUCGAGGACGGUCGUACCCUCGCCGAUUACAAUAUCCAGAAGGAGUCCACCCUUCAUUUGGUUCUCCGAUUGAGGGGAGGCAUGCAGAUCUUCGUGAAAACCCUAACCGGCAAGACUAUUACCUUGGAGGUUGAGAGCUCCGACACAAUUGAUAACGUGAAGGCUAAGAUCCAGGACAAGGAGGGAAUUCCCCCAGACCAACAGAGGCUGAUCUUCGCCGGAAAGCAGCUUGAGGACGGCCGUACCCUAGCCGACUACAAUAUCCAGAAGGAGUCAACCCUUCAUUUGGUUCUCCGAUUGAGGGGAGGUAUGCAGAUCUUCGUGAAAACCCUAACCGGCAAGACUAUUACCUUGGAGGUUGAAAGCUCUGACACAAUUGAUAACGUGAAGGCUAAGAUCCAGGACAAGGAGGGAAUUCCCCCGGACCAGCAGAGGCUUAUCUUCGCCGGAAAGCAGCUUGAGGACGGCCGUACCCUAGCCGACUACAAUAUCCAGAAGGAGUCCACCCUUCACUUGGUUCUCCGAUUGAGGGGAGGUAUGCAGAUCUUCGUUAAGACCCUCACCGGCAAGACUAUUACCUUGGAGGUUGAAAGCUCCGACACAAUUGACAACGUGAAAGCUAAGAUCCAGGACAAAGAAGGAAUCCCCCCAGACCAGCAGAGGCUUAUCUUCGCCGGAAAGCAGCUUGAGGACGGCCGUACCCUAGCCGACUACAAUAUCCAGAAGGAGUCCACCCUUCAUUUGGUUCUCCGAUUGAGGGGAGGUAUGCAGAUCUUCGUUAAGACCCUCACCGGCAAGACCAUUACCUUGGAGGUUGAAAGCUCGGAUACGAUUGACAACGUGAAGGCGAAAAUCCAGGACAAGGAAGGCAUCCCUCCUGACCAACAGAGGCUCAUCUUCGCUGGCAAGCAGCUUGAGGAUGGCCGUACUCUUGCCGACUACAACAUCCAGAAGGAGUCCACCCUUCACUUGGUGCUCAGGCUCAGGGGUGGAAUGCAGAUCUUCGUGAAGACCCUGACGGGCAAGACUAUUACCCUGGAGGUGGAAAGCUCCGACACAAUUGACAACGUGAAGGCUAAAAUUCAAGACAAGGAGGGGAUUCCACCGGAUCAGCAGAGGUUGAUCUUUGCCGGAAAACAGCUGGAAGAUGGAAGGACUCUGGCCGACUAUAACAUCCAGAAGGAGUCUACUCUGCAUCUUGUCCUCCGUCUCCGUGGGGGUUUCUGAAUUGCUUCGUUGCCAUGUUUGUCAUCUGUUGUUCUGUUUGGUCUUUUGAAUGUGUCUGUCUUGUGAUUGUCAAGUGUGAUGAUGGUCUGUUUUGGUGGUUUAAGUAUCAAGAAAAGUGAAUAAUUGAAGUUUAAUUUGCUGUCCAA